AACCACGAAUAUGGAUCACCAUUAAAACAUUAGGUGGUCUCAUUGUACUCAUGUUCAGAUCCAUAUACUAUGUGACACAAGAAAAACUUAGAUCUUUUGGGAAGAAAAACAGAGAGAAAGAUAUAUUAUUACAUGAGCUAGGAAGAAGAGAUGGUAAGAAGAGCCAUGAGUUACAAUUUUUCAGCUUUGAAAGCAUAGCAGCAGCCACGAACAAUUUUACAUCUACAAGUAAGCUUGGAGAAGGUGGUUUCGGAUCUGUUUAUAGGGGACAACUGCCUGACGGUCAAGAGGUUGCAAUAAAAAGGCUCUCAAGAAAAUCUGGACAAGGAUUUUUGGAGUUCAAGAAUGAAGCUAUACUAAUUGCCAAACUGCAACACACUAAUCUUGUUAGGCUUGUUGGAUGUUGCAUUCAUAAAGAGGAGAGGAUGCUUAUCUAUGAAUACAUGCCUAACAAAAGCCUUGAUUUUUUCCUCUUCGAUCCUGUGAAAAAGAAUAUUCUAGAUUGGAAGAAACGCUUCAACAUCAUUCAAGGGAUCAUUCAAGGGCUUCUAUACCUUCAUAACUACUCCAGAUUGAGAAUAAUUCACAGAGAUCUGAAGGCCAGUAACAUUUUACUUGAUAAUGAGAUGAAUCCAAAGAUAUCAAAUUUCGGUAUGGCUAGAAUAUUUGGGUCAAAUGAUUCUGAAGUAAAUACAAAUAGGGUUGUCGGGACAUAGUGAGUGAUUAAACCAUUUUGCAACUAAGUGCAUGGAUAUGAAUUGCUUAUAUGCAUGUGUUUAAUCCAUCAUUGAUUGACAAAGUUUGUUCAAAUGUUUAGUGGUUAUAUGCCUCCAGAGUAUGUAAUAGAGGGAGUUUUCUCAACAAAAUCAGAUGUCUUUAGCUUUGGAGUCUUACUGUUGGAGAUUGUGAGCGGUCAGAAGAUUUAUAGCAGUUACCAUUCUGAAUGGCCACUCAAUCUUAUUGGAUAUGCAUGGGAGUUGUGGGGAGAAGGUAGAGGCUUGGAGUUAAUUGAUCCAACUUCUGGUGAUUUAAAUCACACUUAUCAGGUUUUGAGGUGCAUUCAUGUUGGUCUCUUGUGUGUUCAAGAAAGCCCAAUUGAUAGACCUGCCAUGUUAGAUGUGAUAUUUAUGAUAUAUAAUGAAGCUAAUAAGCUACGUGCACCAAAACAACCGGCGUUUUCUUGGGAAGAAUAUGCCAGAGGCAGGAAUUGUUGAAUGCAGACCAGAAAAUUGUUCAUCAAA